AUGCGCCUCACCUCGCUGCUGCUGAGCAAGAUACCGAAGCGGUACGCCUACGCCAACUUCCCCGAGCGGUUCAUCAAGAGGCAGACGGACUUUGUGGAGUGGCGGACGCCGCCCUAUCCGAACUACCAGCCGCGGACCGUUCGCUACCGCAAGCAGCCCUACUACGACAUCCACCGCCCCUGGACGACGGAGUUCGCCGACCAGAAUGCGCCCAACGCGAAGCACCCGAAGAUCUACGUGGAGCCGAUCCGGAACUUCCCCGUCUUCGUCGGCGACACGGUGGCGGUGCUGCGGGGCAAGGACAAGGGCAAACGGGGCACGGUGAGCUACGUGGUGGCCGAACGGAACUGGGUCUGCGUCCGCAACCUCAACCUCGAGUACAGCAUGACGCAGCGGGAGCGGCGCUUUCCGGGCGUCAUCAACACCAUCGAGCGGCCGUUGCUGCUGCCNGCACGGUGA